AUGCGAGCUUCACAUCCUACUUCGAUUUAUUUUAUUCUUGUGCAAGAUGAUCAUAUCAUGCGUGUACCAGGAAGGAAUGUGUUACUAGCUGAACCAGCCCGUAUCUAUUCGGAUGUCUUUCCGAUCUCUGCUCGCUGUGGCUACACGGCAUGGAGCUUAAGUGGGCAUUCCUUCGUAGGAAGAUGCCGUGAAGAUAGUGAUAGAGCACUUUCAAUCUCACUCAGUGAACGCUGCACAUUCUAUGUGCGCGAUACAAGUAAUCGUGGUCCGUUACUUUCACACGCUUCUCGAACACGUCAGUUGGGCUAUUUAGACGAAGAACAUUACUGGUUGGGUGACGAUGACCACGAUCUCAAUUUUCGAGCUUAUACUACGCAUCGAUGA